GACAAUGUUCUGAAGCUCAUUUUCCCCAUUCUAGACCUCCACCCGCAGAUGGCUCCCAGGUCGCAAGAGAUUCUGCAAUCGCUCGAGACCAACAAACCCUUUUUCCACUGCAGCCUCAGCGUUUCCGCCCUCCACAUCAAGACAGUAAAGGCCAGCACGAGCUUCCGCACGGAAGCGAAAAUCAUCGACGAUAUCAUGCGACAUCGCUACGCCUCGGUUUCGGACCUCUGUGACGCAUUGAAUGCCGACGAACAUCAGAAGGUUUUGGACGCAACGCUCGCGACGAUACUCUUCCACUGCGCUGUGGGCGAGCCCGAGGAUUACCUGCCUGAUAUCCCAUGGUUUGAGCACUUCAGACCAGUCGCAGACCUUGUGCACCAACUCGGCUUAAUCGAACCGGCGCCCUUUACGCCCCUCCCCUUCAGCAUGUCGCUCACUACGUGGAUCGAUAUCCUUGGAGCCACCAUGCUCGGCAGAUCACCCCAAUUCUCUCAUGUCUAUCGCGCCAAGCACUCAGGUGGAAUCUCCUCGGGUAUGAGGGAUCUAAUGGGAUGCGACGACAGUGUGAUGUACCUCAUUGCGGAGAUUGGGUGCCUUGAAUCUCUCAAGUUAAACGGCCUUGAUGAAGACGCGCUACAAUUCCACAUCUCGGCACUUACAUCACAGCUUGACAACACCGAUACCGAAGCAACGGCAAACCCAUGCUCCCGGUAUGGCAUCAUCUGUCCGGAGAAGCUGACAGCAAACAUAACCGCUGUAUUCCGCGCCGCCGCCCGAGUCUACCUCAGCACUCUCGCCCCGGGCUUCGAACGCAGCAAUCCCAGCGUAUCCACCCUCGUCCAAGGAGUUGUGGAAGCCCUCUGUUCCGUGCCGAUGGGGCCCCACGGAUACGACCGCUCACUCGUUUGGCCUCUACUAAUGGCAGGGGUCUGCUCCACUCCUGACAGCGAAUUCCGCAAGAUCCUCGCCCGCCGAGCAAGCGAGCUAGAUGAUGGAGGUGAAUACGGCAGCUUCGGCCGAAUGUACCGCGUGCUGAAGGAGACCUGGAAGCUUGCAGACGACCCCACCACUUCUGUUUACGAUGAGGCCAACUACAUGUUGCCCUCGAUGAAUACGAUGCUGGAGAGACUAGAUAACGUGCCACCGCCCACGAUAGGGACUAUCGGUCGGCCCAUUAAGAAGCAGGCUGUCCACUGGCGUAGCGUUAUGUUCCGCCACGGUUGGCACUGGCUUCUUCUGUAAGCGUGUUCAACACAUGCAUGCAAUCGGGCACGAAGAGGAAGACUGUAACAAACAGGAAGUUGGGGAGGAAACAAAAGAAUUGUGAUUACCAAACAUAGAUGCUGCGGCAAGGCUGAGG